UUGUUCUGAAGACUGAACCGUGAAGCCAUGGACCCCGUUGAGGCCGCGGCUUGCUGAAUCAGCCAACGUUCAAAACUCGUUUUUCAUUUAAAAAAAAAAAAUUCUAAUUCCAGAUUUCAGAUUCAGAUUGUUCGACUCUAAACCCUAAAAUUCUGUCAGGAGUUUUAGAACUAAUCCCUCUGUCUUACUAUCAAAAUUCGUGCUAAGAUGAUUUAAGAGCGGAUUUUUCAAAGGAAAAACAAAAAUGUCAGUAGCGGAGCUCAAAGAACGGCACAUGGCAGCGACACAGACUGUAAAUUCUCUUCGGGAACGAUUGAAGGAGAAACGUCUUCUUCUUCUCGACACCGAUGUUGCGACGUAUGCAAGGUCGCAAGGUAAGACUCCGAUCAGCUUCGGCCCUACAGAUCUGGUGUGCUGUAGAAACUUGCAAGGUCACACAGGCAAGGUGUAUUCACUGGACUGGACUCCUGAAAAAAAUCGCAUUGUCAGUGCAUCUCAAGAUGGCAGGUUAAUUGUUUGGAAUGCUCUUACAAGCCAGAAAACUCAUGCGAUUAAGCUACCAUGUGCUUGGGUCAUGACCUGUGCCUUCUCUCCAACUGGGCAGUCUGUUGCUUGUGGAGGGCUUGAUAGUGUUUGUUCUAUUUUCAAUUUGAACCCCCCUCCAGAUAGUGAUGGAAAUUCAACAGUAUCAAGAACACUAAGUGGGCAUAAGGGUUAUGUAUCCUCAUGCCAGUAUGUUCCUAAUGAGGAUGCUCACUUAAUAACAAGUUCUGGUGAUAAAACAUGUGGUUUGUGGGAUAUAACUACUGGUCUGAGAACUUCUGUUUUUGGUGGUGAAUAUCAGUCUGGGCAUACUGCUGAUGUGUCAAGCGUCUCAAUUAGUGCAUCAAAUACAAAUAUGUUUGUCUCUGGUUCUUGUGACACAACUGCCUGUCUAUGGGACACCCGCGUUGCUAGUCGAGCAGUUCGUACAUUUCAUGGUCAUGAGGGAGAUGUUAAUGCUGUAAAAUUUUUUCCUGACGGAAAUCGGUUUGGAACUGGCUCUGAUGAUGGAACUUGCAGAUUAUUUGAUAUUAGGACUGGGCACCAGCUACAAGUUUACUCUCAGCCCCAUAGUGAUAAUGAAGUCCAUCGUGUUACUUCCAUUGCAUUCUCCAUUUCUGGUCGUCUCCUCUUUGCUGGGUACACAAAUGGUGAUUGCUAUGUAUGGGAUACUCUGUUGGCUAAGAUGGUCCUAAAUCUUGGAUCACUUCAAAACUCUCAUGAUGGUCGGAUCAGUUGCUUGGGAUUGUCCGGGGAUGGAAGUGCCUUAUGCACGGGGAGUUGGGACACAACCCUCAAGAUUUGGGCUUUUGGAGGGUACAGGCAGGUGAUCUGAGUAGUGGAUGGUUUCUUAUUCUUCUCCUACGGCUUCCUUUAAAUACGGGCAAGUGAUGCAUCUAUCGGGCUACCUUUUGUAGAUUUCUGUAUCCUAGUGAAAGCGUUGCCUGAGGAAUCAUCCAUCAUUUACUUUAUGUUUCUUGUUGUCCUGUGAACAUGAAAGGAAAAAAAAAAAAAAAAAAAACCACUUUGCCCUUGGACAUUUGAUUUUCAUAAUAGAAAAAACUAUGAAGGUUUUUUGUAAGGUUUGUGCUAGAUUUGUUCUGCAAUAAUAAUAGGUUAUAGUGUUGUGCCCAAAUUUGGAGUAUUGAAGAAAGCCUUUCCCAUGUAAAACGUUUUAUUUGAAGUUUGAAAACCAAUAUAAUGAGAGAGGAUUUGGCAGAAA